CCCGCGCCGCGCCGCCAGCGGCGCCCGAGCCGCCGAAGCGGGAGCGGAAGCGGGCGCCCGCGGCAGGCGCAGAGAGCCCCAUCCGCGCCAGCGACGGCCCCCCCGACGCAGGUGCUGGCGGAGACCGCCGCUACGGGCGGCAGGCGCUCUUGGUCGCGAGGCCGAGGCCAGGAAAGCGGCCGCCAGGCGUUCGUCUGCCGCGCGUAGUCCUGAUGCCACGGGAGGCCUACGAGCGCACUGCCCGCGAGGAGCGGAAGCCACGUCGUGCCGAGCGCGAAGCCGUUGUUGAUGGCGCUCCCGUUGCCAGAGGCGGUGGCGGCACCGCGGAGGAGGACGACGACAGCGACCUCGACGGCCCCGAGCGCUACGCGGUCAAUGAGGAGGAGCGCGGCGCCGCUUCGGGGGGCGCCUCCGCCGAGGCGUCCGAAGGCGCCGCGCCGCCGCCCGGCGAGCUCUCCAGGCCCAACGCUGGCCUCGCGGGAGCCGCCGCCGAGAAGGGCGGCGCGAGCCCAUUCCUGGACGAGGACGACGAGAGCUUCUUCCUCGCGGACGAAGACGGCGACCGGCCGGCAGAGGCGGACGACAGCCUCUCGGAGUCCCGCGGCUUCCGCCGCUGGUUCGGCGCCGGGGGCCGUCGCAGCCGGCAGGAGAGCUCCGAGCUGGCCUCGCCCGCCCUCUCGUCCCUGCCCGCGCGGUCGCCCGCCACCUUCACGGCGGACGGGUGCAGCACGGUGGACGGCACGCCCGGGAGGUGCCCCGGCGACCUGAGCAAGCUCGACGCGGGCAGUCCUCUGGCUCCGCCCGCCGUGGCCCCCGAGUCCUCGCCGUGCCGCUCCCUGGCGAGCUCGCCGGCGGUGGGCCCAGGCCGCAGCCCGCAGAUCGGCCCCAGCCCCGCGGUGGGGCCACGAGCUGAGGAGGCGUCCAACGUGGCCGCCAUGGCUAUGGGGUUGAACCUCUUCAUGCGGCCUCCGGUGGGGGCCGCCUCGGACGCCAAGGCGUCUGCGCCGCUGGCAGCAGCCAUGGCGCUCCUGGCACAGAACGCCGCCUCGGGCGGCGGGGGAGCGCCGCCCGGGUCCGCGCCGCGGACGAAGGGCCCUGCCGCCGCGACCACCGCCUGA